AUGGAUCCGGAUGGUCAACUCGAGACCCUGAAGGACGCCCAUUUGGAUGAAAGCCGUAACAAGGCUAUCUUGAUUGUCACUUCUAUUUUUUUGGCCAUUUCGCUGUUCAGCGUCAUCCUGAGAUGCUUUGUUCGCACACACAUUGUUCGUGCUUGGGGCUGGGAUGAUGGAACUAUGGUAGUGGCUAUGAUACUUAACAUUGUCUUCGCAGUCAGCGGCAUCUUUGGAUGUAAAUAUGGUAUCGGGAGAACAUUGGAUUAUUUCGCUUUACACCCGGAUGACUAUCCGCGCGCAAUGCUGUGCUGGUGGAUAGCUCAGCUGUUCUACGUUUUGACCUGCGUCGUCGCCAAAAUCUCCAUCAUCAUCGCCCUCCUCCGCAUCACGGUCGAUCGCAUCCACGGAUACAUCCUCUAUGCCGCCAUGACACUCGCUACUGCCAUUGGCCUCGUGUUCUUCUUUUUCACCCUGUUUGAAUGCACCCCGAUCAAUUAUUUUUGGAACCACACCAAGCCUACCGCAAAGGGCAAAUGUGUCGACCCAGAUGUCCUCAUCGGCAUUGCGUACCUUUACAGUGUCGGCGCGGCCGUCACGGAUUUGACGAUUGGAUUACUUCCGGUGGCAUUGAUCUGGAACUUGCGCAUGAAUCGUCGCACUAAAGGUGCCAUAGUCGGUAUUUUAGGUAUUGGUUGCAUUGCGAGCGCGGCUGUCAUUGUUCGAAUCCCCUUUGUCCCUAAUUACAAAGAUAAAGAAUUCUUAUACAACACCUACCAAAUCUCCAUAUGGUCCAAUGUCGAAGCGGGUAUCGGCAUCACCGCAGGCUGCCUAACAACCCUCCGCCCCCUAAUCCGCUUCCUCCGCGACGGAUCCUCGUCGAGCCACAGCCAGACACCGCACUCUUUCCCCCUGUCCACUAAGGUCGCCGGUUUCCACCGCUCCCCGCACUCAAAGCAGAUGUCACGUGAGGAUUCCCGCCAGCUCUGGACUGGGAGGGGGAGCGACGAGUAUCACGGUGUCACGACGACGAUCAUGGGUGCCCAACCUAAACCCACGGGUUCCAAGGAGGAUCUCAAUCCGAAUCAUAGUGCCCGCCAUGUCCCCGGAUGGAAAGUGGAGAGGUCGGUUCGUCUGUCCGUGCGCAAUUCAUGA